AUGGCUUUCCUGGUGAAUGGGAACUACACUGUAGUGACAGAGUUCACUUUAUUGGGUUUAACAGAUGACCCAGUCCUUCGAGUCAUCCUCUUCAUCAUCAUCCUGUGUAUCUACCUGAUGACCAUGUCUGGAAACCUCAGCACAAUCCUCUUAAUCAGACUCUCUCCUCAGCUCCAUCACCCCAUGUACUUUUUUCUGAGUCACUUGGCUUUUGCUGAUAUAGGCAUUUCCUCUUCUGUCACUCCCAAAAUGCUUGCCAACUUCCUGGUGGACAGGAAUACCAUCUCCUACCUUAGGUGUGGCAUCCAGCUUGGCACAAGUACUUUCUUUGGAUCAACUGAGUGCGUCAUUCUAGCUGUCAUGGCUUAUGAUCGCUUCAUGGCAAUCUGUAGUCCAUUACUCUAUUCAACCAAAAUGUCUACAAGAGUCUGUGUUCAGCUGGUUAUAGGAGCUUAUAUGGGUGGUUUUCUUCAUGCUUCCUCUUACACCUAUUCUUUCUUUUCUUUUCUCUUCUGUGGACCAAAUAUAAUCAAUCAUUUUUUCUGUGAUUUUCCUCCAUUAGUUGAACUCUCCUGUUCUGAUGACAGUGUCUGCAUAGUUCUUACCACUAUUUCUGUUAGCACUAUCAUUGUGAUCACAGUGUCUGUCAUAGGUGUCUCCUACAUUUACAUUCUCAUCACCAUCUUGAAGAUGCCUUCCACUGAUGGCCGCCAGAAGGCAUUCUCUACCUGCACCUCCCACCUCACUGCUGUCACACUGUUCUAUGGGACUGUCACAUUCACUUACGUCAUGCCCAAGUCCAGCUACUCCACUGACCAGAACAAGGUUGUAUCUGUGUUCUACAUGGUGGUAAUCCCCAUGUUGAACCCCAUUAUUUACAAUCUGAGGAAUAAUGAGAUUAAAGCUGCUCUGAAGAAACGACUUUGUAGGAAAAUAUUUUCAUAG